AUGGCUCUCAAAUUCUUCAAUCGAGGCACGAUGCAGGGCGAAAAGGUCGGCCUUAAGAACCGCCUCUCGGCCAACCUCACCCUCAGCAGCGCCUUUCGCAUCACUCUACGCCUCUUCCAAUUCGUCAUGGGCAUCGUCGUAAUCGGACUUUACGCAGUCGACCUUGACCGCGCCCGUAAGGCAGGCGUCUACUACGAUUCCAAGUGGAUGUACGCGACCAUUGUCGGCACGCUUUCAGCCAUCGCGGCGCUCGUCUUGAUGCUCCCUCUGCUCCGCGCUUGGUUCUUCUUCGGCGUCGACGUUAUCAUCUGGAUCCUGUACCUCACAGCCUUUGGCAUCUUCGGUAAAAUGUACAUCAAGGAGGACCCCGAAGGCAACGCGGGCAUCAUCCGCAUGAAGCGAGCUGUGUGGUGCUUGCUGACCAACAUGCUCCUGUGGUUCAUCACCGCAUGCUAUGGCGCUUUCAUCUUCUGGAAGUCCCGCAAGGUAAAUCCUGCUUCCGAUCCUGCUCCUUCGCAGCCUCAAGAUGCAAUAUAG